AUAGAUACACUACCUGAAGUAGAGUUCAUACAGUCGAUAUCCGAUGCCGUUAGCCACCGAUGCGCGCUUUGUGACAAAGAAUUCACAUCUAUCUUUCAGCUUAAGCAUCAUCAAUGGAACCAUCCUUACAUAUGUGAUUUGUGCGGAAGAGAAUUCCGUGAGUUCGCUCUUAUCAGAGAUCAUAUGCAAUAUCACAGGUAAAAAUCUCUCAAAUGUGACGUUUGUGAGAAAGCAUUUCCCACACUUAAUCGACUCAAUCAACACAAGAAAAUUCACAUUGGUAAACCAUACCGUAGCAACCCAACACCUUACCUAUGUGAUUUGUGUGGAAGAAGAUAUCGCAAGCUGAGUCAGAUCAGAGUCCACAUGAAAUAUCACAAGGAAAAACCUCACAAAUGUGACGUGUGUGAGAAAGCAUUUUUCACAGCAGGCCAACUCAAAAACCACGAGCAACUUUAUUCGAGUGAUAUACCAUACAAAUGUAAAUUAUGUGAAAAGUCAUUUCACAUGCGCAGUCAGCUAAAAAGGCACACGUCUAUUCACUUGAGCGAAAAAUAUUUCAAUUGUAAUGUGUGUCGAAAAGUAUUUGCUAUGUCCUGGAACUUCGCGAUCCACAAUGGAAUAGACAUGAACACGAACGAACUUUCUGCGUGUAGCAAACACGAAUCUCUUCACAUAGUUAGUACAGUAUGUACUAUAUGUGGAAAGGAAUAUCGCACGCUUAAAGAGCUUAAAGUACAUAAGACAGUUCACAAUAUAGCAUCUCACAAAUGUGACGUAUGUGAGAAAGCAUUUAGAACAAUUGGUAAACUCAAUGCACAUAAGAAAAUUCACUCGGAUGAAAAACCAUAUGUAUGUGAAUCGUGUGGAAAGGGAUUCAGCACGAAAAGCUAUCUCACAGCUCACAUGCUUGUUCACUCCAAUGAAAAACCUUUCAAGUGCGAAGUGUGUGGAAAAUGCUAUCGUCAACGCUAUCACCUCAAAUCACACGAGCUUGUGCACACGGAUCCUACUAAGUACAAAUGUGAAGAGUGUGGUAAAGAAUUUAAAUUUUUGCAAACUUUAAAACUCCACUGGACUAUUCACACAAACGAAAAACCGCACAAAUGUGAAGUGUGCGGAAAAGGAUUCAGUCGCAAUGAAACCUUCCAAAAUCAUAUGUACAUCCACACCAAUCAAAAACCGCACAAAUGUGAAGUGUGUGGUAAAGCCUUUCGCCUCAAAAGUGUCCUUCAAAAUCAUAUGCAUUUGCACACAUAUCAAGAACCGCACACAUGUGAAGUGUGUGGAAAGGAUUUUCGUGUAGGGAAAUACCUCAAAGUGCAUAUGUUUACUCACGCUAGCGAAAAACCGCACGAAUGUGAAGUGUGUGGAAAAAUAUUUCGUAAAAAGAGAACCCUCCAAGCCCAUAUGUAUGGUCACACAAACGAAAGAACGUACAAAUGUGAAGUGUGUGAAAAAAUAUUUCGCGGGAAAGGUAUUCUCAAAUUACAUAUGACUGUUCACUCAAACGAAAAGCCGCACAAAUGUGAAGUGUGUGGAAAAGAAUUUGCUUAUAGCUCUUCCCUCAGCCGUCACAAAUCAGUUCACUCGAAGUAAAGUAAAUGUCACAUGUGUUAAUCGAACUAUGCAGCUGAAGAUAUUUAUUAAUGGUCGUGUGCUACAAUAGAAAUGUCAAAAAAUUACGCAGGUAAUCUGUCGAAGCGAGCAAAAUCUCCCGUGAAAGGGUUUUGUUAUCCAAAGCUUUUUUGAGACGCUGCAUAUGGUUUAAUUUAUAAAUUUAAGGUAGCUAUUUAAAAUCAUUGUCCAAGACAAAAUUCAACUCGUUUCAUGAUGUUGCAAUGGUUUAGGAAGCUCGUGCUCAAUAAAAUAACAAAAUUACAAGCACCCGUAACGCAUAAAGAGUUGCACAAUUUAUGAUUAUGUUGUUCUUGCCAUUCCACUUAACGUUCGUUGGUCUGAUGAAAUCCGUAUACGUCAGUCUACGCCAUCCGUGCAGUUGUACUGUUAAAGUGUUGACAGCGUUGUUAAAGUCUUUGCAGAUUUUGCUAUUCGACCGUCGUAGUGUAUGCAACAGUCGUUUGUGUUCAGUUUUUUCGCGUUGACUAGCAGCCCAGUCAAAAAGAUGGGUGGGUAAUGUCUAGGACAUAACCGGAGUGUCGUGACUACUCGUUUGACUUGUAAUUCAAAUCGAAUGAUACUCAAUGAAAUAUGUGGGAAUGUUUCAAGUUAUCCUUCAUAAUAAUU